ACCAUGCCUUACAACUUCUGCCUGUCCAACGUGAGCUGCCGCAGCAGCUGCUCCUCCCGGCCCUGCGUGCCCCACAGCUGCCAUGGCUGCACCCUGCCCGGGGCCUGCAACAUCCCCGCCAACGUGGGCAACUGCAACUGGUUCUGUGAGGGCUCCUUCAACGGCAGCGAGAAGGAGACCAUGCAGUUCCUGAACGACCGGCUGGCCAGCUACCUGGAGAAGGUGCGCCAGCUGGAGAGGGAGAACGCGGAGCUGGAGGCCCACAUCCAGGAGCGGAACCAGCAGCAGGAGCCCUUGGUGUGCCCCAGCUACCAGUCCUACUUCCGGACCAUCGAGGAGCUCCAGCAGAAGAUCCUGUGCACCAAGUCUGAGAACUCCAAGCUGGUGGUGGAGAUCGACAACGCCAAGCUGGCUGCCGAUGACUUCAGGACCAAGUUUGAGACGGAGCUGUCCCUGCGGCAGCUGGUGGAGUCCGACAUCAACGGCCUGCGCAGGAUCCUGGACGAGCUGACCCUGUGCAAGUCUGACCUGGAGGCCCAGGUGGAGUCCCUGAAGGAGGAGCUGCUCUGCCUCAAGAGGAACCACGAAGAGGAAGUCAACACCCUGCGCUGCCAGCUUGGAGACCGCCUCAACGUGGAGGUGGACGCUGCCCCCACCGUGGACCUGAACCAAGUGCUCAAUGAGACCAGGUGUCAGUACGAGGCCCUGGUGGAGACCAACCGCAGGGAAGUGGAGGAGUGGUUCACCACCCAGACUGAGGAGCUGAACAAGCAGGUGGUGUCCAGCUCAGAGCAGCUUCAGUCCUACCAGGCGGAGAUCAUCGAGCUGAGACGCACRGUCAACGCCCUGGAGAUUGAGCUGCAGGCCCAGCACAACCUGAGGAAUUCUCUAGAAAACACACUGACAGAGAGCGAGGCCCGGUAUAGUUCCCAGCUGUCCCAGGUGCAGGGCAUGAUCACCAACGUGGAGUCCCAGCUGGCUGAGAUCCGGGCUGACCUGGAGCGUCAGAACCAGGAGUACCAGGUGCUGCUGGACGUCCGGGCCCGGCUGGAGUGUGAGAUCAACACGUACCGGAGCCUGCUGGAGAGYGAGGACUGCAAGCUUCCCUGCAACCCCUGCGCCACAACCAACGCAUGCGGCAAGCCCAUUGGGCCGUGUGUUGCCAACCCCUGCACUCCCUGCGCGCCCCCUGCCCCUUGCACACCUUGUGUCCCGCGCUCCCGCUGUGGACCCUGCAACUCCUUCGUGCGCUAG